AUGGGCAUCACUUUGUGCUAUGAAACAGAAGAAAGGAAGGCUCUAAUUCAUGGAGGCGAAAUUACAGACAAUGCAGAAUUUCAUAAGAACAUAUAUCCAAUAAUAAAGUUAAGUUACGACCGUCUGCCAUCAUCAGCUUUACAACAAUGCUUUUCUUACUGUUCUAUAUUUCCCAGAGGUUACGAGAUCGAUAGAGAAGAGAUAAUUCAAUUAUGGAUGGCCGAUGGCUUUCUUGUACCAUCCAGUAGAGAAAGAGAGAUGGAAAUUUCAAUGGAAGAUAUUGGAAAUGAUUUAACAAGUUGCUCACGUACUGUUGCUGGAAAUGCUGGGUGCUCAACUUUAAGAGCCAACGAGGUAGUAAGUUUUUCUGAAAUUCGACGUUUGCAUUUAGUUUUUAAUGAAGAUAUGCCGAGAAGGUUUCCAGAGGUUAGUAUUUAUAAAGAUAGAUUACGCUCAUUAGUUGCCCUUGAAGUAGGAGACUGCGAUAAGAUUCAAAACGUUUUCCGGAAAAGGAAUUUGCGCGUAUUAUACUUGAGUGGUUCGACGAUUCAGAAAGUACCGGCUUCGCUUUCAAAGUUGAGACAUUUAAGAUAUCUUAACCUUUCGAGCAGUCAGAAUCUUGAUGUAUUGGAUGAUCAGUCUGUCAAUAGUCUCUAUAAUUUGCAAACGUUGGUAUUAAACCGCUGCACCUCCCUUUCCAAACUUCCUGAAGGGACUGGAUCAAUGAGAAGCUUAAGACACCUUGAUAUUUCAUACACAGGAAUAAAAGUAUUGCCUAUUUCAGUCACUAGUCUCCAGAACUUGCGAACAUUGGAUGUCUCCAAUUGCACAAAUUUUGAAGGUUUACCUGAAAAUGUCGAAGCUUUGAAAGAUCUACGGAGCCUUAAUCUUUCACAUACAGGAAUAAAAAUAUUACCUACUUCAGUUGCUAGUCUCCAAAACUUGCGAGCAUUAGAUGUCUCUAAUUGCACAAAUUUUGAAGGGUUGCCUGAAAAUAUUGGAUCUUUGAAAGAUCUAUUGAGCCUUAACAUUUCACAUACAAAGGUGAGUAGAUUACCAAACUCUAUCAGUGGUCUUGAAAGAUUGAUGACGCUUAGAUUGCACUCAUGUCCCAACCUCGAAGAUUUGCCUAAAGGAAUUGAAGCAUUGAGAUGGUUAAAAGGGCUUGACAUCACUGGUACGAAGGUCAAAGUAGUACCUGAUCAGUUGUUGCUUAACGGAAGGGAAAGACUGUAG